AUGGGAAGGACCAGUGGAGCAGGUCAGCAGGAGGAGCAGGGAGAGCAGGAGGAGCAGGAGGAGCAGGGGGAGCAGGAGGAGCAGGAGGAGCAGGAGGAGCAGGGGGAGCAGGAGGAGCAGGGGGAGCAGGAGGAGCAGGAAGAACAGGGGAAGCAGGAGGAGCAGGAGGAGCAGGAGGAGCAGGAGGAGCAGGGGGAGCAGGAGAAGCAGGAGGAGCAGGGGGAGCAGGAGGAGCAGGAGGAGCAGGGGGAGCAGGAGGAGCAGGGGGAGCAGGAGGAGCAGGAGGAGCAGGGGGAGCAGGAGGAGCAGGAGGAGCAGGAGGAGCAGGAGGAGCAGGGGGAGCAGGAGGAGCAGGGGGAGCAGGAGGAGCAGGAAGAACAGGGGAAGCAGGAGGAGCAGGAGGAGCAGGAGGAGCAGGAGGAGCAGGGGGAGCAGGAGAAGCAGGAGGAGCAGGGGGAGCAGGAGGAGCAGGAGGAGCAGGGGGAGCAGGAGGAGCAGGGGGAGCAGGAGGAGCAGGAGGAGCAGGGGGAGCAGGAGGAGCAGGAGGAGCAGGAGGAGCAGGGGGAGCAGGAGGAGCAGGGGGAGCAGGAGGAGCAGGGGGAGCAGGAGGAGCAGGAAGAACAGGGGAAGCAGGAGGAGCAGGAGGAGCAGGGGGAGCAGGAGGAGCAGGAAGAACAGGGGAAGCAGGAGGAGCAGGAGGAGCAGGAGGAGGACUGCGCUGAGGAGAGUCAGCAGCAGCAGCAGCAGCAGCAGCAGCGAUGUCUCUCUCGUCUCCCACCCCACACGGACGCACCAUCUGACGGCAUCCACCUCCCUCUGGCUCGGCUCGGCUCGGCUCUGGCUCGGAUCUUUGGGAACCCCUGUACUCUCUUUACGCGCGGACACUGUGGAAGUACGUCGCGAAUUGGAAGCGUUUUUGGAGGAGUGCUUUCUGGUCCCCGGCGGUCCCUCUCCUCUGCUUUUGGGAUAAACCAGGGGGCGCUGAUGGGCGGCCUCGCUCUGUGGGCGGUGGCUGCGGCUGCACUGCUCGCUUCCUGUUCAGGGGCGGUUUACGGUCACCGCGGCAACAGACGGAUCACCACGGAAACUUCACCUCUGUCCUCCUCCCCCUCCUCACCCUCCUCACCCACACUGGACCAGCAGAACACGGAGCCGAGAGGAGCCUCCAGACCAGGAAGCAUCCAUCACCCUGUGGACGUGUGGCUCAGCGGCGCCUGGAGGAAACCCACAAAGAACUCUUCAGGAUUUACUAUAAGCCGUCAGACACUUCCUGUUUGGUUUAACAACUGUCUCCACACUCCACAGAUGCCCUUCUCCCCCCUGUCCUUACCCCCUGUCCUCCCGCUCUCUCCCCCUCUCUCCCCCUCUCUCCCUGCUGUCCACAAAGCAGGCUGCAGGCUUAAGCCGGAUCGCUGCUCCGUCACAGAGGACGGCUUUAUGAGCUCAGAACAAAAAUGA